UAUUCUCCGGGAUUGCCAUUAUAGCGAUAUAGAACAAUUAACUUUUCAUGGAAAUAAUUUCCAAGACCUUCCAGAUGGUUCUCUUUUUGGACCUGCAAUACUUGAAAAUUUGCGAGUUUUAAAUAUUUCUGCAAAUGUUAUAUAUCGUUAAUUUACAUCGAAAUGCUUUAUCUGGAUGUCCAAAUAUUGAAAUACUUGAUUUAAGCAACAAUGAGAUUGUCCUAAGUGAAGAAAAUAUUAAUUUUCUUGAUCAUACUCCUCGAUUAAAAAAACUUUAUUUGAGAAGAGCAUUUACUACUCCCUUAAAUAAAAGCAACCAAUUUAAUUUAUUAAUUCGUCUUCUAGAAAAAGCACAAUUAAAGAGAUUGGAAGUUUUGGAUUUAAGUUAUAAUUAUUUUAAUAAUAUUCCCUUUAAUUUGCCAUGUUCUUUACCUUCUUUAAGACAUUUGGAUUUACGUCAAAAUAUGUUAAAAACUUUAUCUCUAAACAUUUCUUGUCUUCCAAGAAUUUCUAAAAUUAAUUUAGAAAGAAAUUAUUUUCAUUUUUUGGAUUCAGAAUUUCAAACAUUUGGGGAACAAUUAAAUAAAAAUAAUGCUUUAACACAAUUACAACUUAAAAAUAAUUUUUAUUGUGACUGUAAUUCAAAUAUUUGGAUUAAAUGGAUUAGAGAACAUUCGAAUAUGAUUGACGAUUACCGAGCACUUAUCUGUUCACGUUCUUCUCCUCCAAAAUUUACCGGUACAAGAUUAAGUGAAGUGUCUGUUGAAUUAUUGGAUUGUCAGACAGAUUUAUAUGCUACAGGAAGAGAAUUUAAAAAUAAUUUUGGAUUUUUAAUUAUUUUUAUUUUAUUUUUAAUUAAUUAUUUUUGUCAAAAAAUAUUUCCAAAAUUUUAA